UUUUUACGUUGCUAUAUAUUUACAUAGGUGAGGCGAGGUGCUGACAGAGCAGAGAUAUAUAGUUUGGCUUUCUCAGAAAACAUGCAAUGGUUAGCAGUUUCAAGUGACAAGGGAACUGUCCAUGUAUUCAGCCUCAAGAUUAAUUUGGGAUUGACAGGAAAUGACAAGCCUCGUCCUGCACCAGAGCUAAAUGUUCCAGCUCCAAGUUCAUCCUUGUCCUUCAUUAAAGGAGUCUUGCCGAAAUAUUUUCAUUCAGAAUGGUCAGUGGCUCAGUUUCGACUGCAUGAAGGUUCUCAGUGUAUUGUUGCUUUCGGCCAUCGGAAGAAUACCAUAGUUAUCCUUGGGAUGGAUGGGAGCUUCUACAGAUGCGAAUUUGAUCCAACCAAUGGCGGAGAGAUGAAGCAACUAGAAUGUUACAGCUUCUUGAAACCCGACAAAAUCUCGUAAUGGAGCUGUAAAAGUGUUUCUAAAUACGGCCAUUUGUACAAGAAUAGAACCUGGAAGAUCACUUAUUUACAAACUGAAAGAAAUUGUAAAUAUAUAUUAUGGUUUGCAAAUAUUACUGUCAUGUAUUAUAGAUAUUCCUUGUGAAUAUACAUAUUUAAACGCAUUAGUUGGUACCGUGCAAUUGCA